UAAGCAGAGACAAAACUACAUUGAGAUCAUGUUCUCUUGCCUAUGUCCCUCUUUCAGAUCGAGCAGAGUAGCCACCGGACAAGUUGUAGUGACGCUUCCAGGAACGCCUCAGAAUGUCCUACCCAGGAUACCCUCCCUCCGGCUACCCAGCUUUUCCUGGUUAUCCUCCCACAGGUCAAGAAUCUGUUUAUCCACCUGCCGGGCAGUAUCCUUAUCCCACUGCACCUGGAGGUUUCCCACCUGUGGGAGGCGGUGCAUACCCUGCAGCUCCACCAGUAGGUGGAUUCCCAGGGGCUGCCGGUUACCCUGCACCUGGUGGAUAUUCGCCUGCACCUGGUGGCUACCCUGGAGCUCCUCAGCCUGGGGGGAUGCCAGCUUACCCUGCAGGUUCUGGGUUUGGGGCCCCCUCUAAUGGGGCCAGCUUUGGCUAUCCCCAGCCGCCCUCACAGAGUUAUGGAGGAGGUGGACCUGCCCAAAUGCCAGUUGGGUAUCCUGGUGGUCAGAUGCCUACUCCAGUACCUCCUCAGCCUGCAGCGAUGGUUCAAAGUAUGCAAGGCACAAUUCGACCAGCCCCCAAUUUUGAUGCAGGGAGGGAUGCUGAAGUUCUGCGCAAAGCGAUGAAGGGUUUUGGGACGGAUGAACAGGUCAUCAUUGACGUGGUGUCAAACCGCUCAAACAGUCAGAGACAACAGAUCAAGGCUGCUUUCAAGACCAUGUAUGGCAAGGAUUUAAUUAAAGACCUGAAGUCCGAGUUGAGUGGAAAUAUGGAGGAACUGAUCCUUGCCUUGUUCAUGCCCAGCACUUACUACGACGCGUGGAGCUUGUGCCAUGCAAUGAAGGGCGCAGGCACCCAGGAGAAUGUGCUGAUCGAGAUUCUUUGCACCAGAACAAACCAGGAGAUCAAAGAAAUUGUCCGCUGUUACAAGAGUGAGUUUGGAAGAGACAUUGAGCGUGAUAUUCAGGCAGACACAUCAGGACACUUUGAGCGGUUACUUGUCUCCAUGUGUCAGGGGAACCGGGAUGAGACUCAAACUGUGGACUUCCAGAAGGCUCAACAAGAUGCUCAGCGCCUUUAUCAGGCGGGUGAAGGGAAGCUGGGCACGGACGAGUCCUGCUUCAACAUGAUCCUGGCCACGCGAAGCUUCCCGCAGCUGAAAGCCACCGUUGAGGCUUACUCUCAGAUUGCCAACCGGGACCUCCUGAGCAGCAUCGGCCGGGAGUUUUCUGGGAACAUCGAGCGGGGCUUGAAGGCCAUCGUGCUGUGUGCCCUGAAUGGCCCCGCCUUCUUUGCUGAAAGACUUUACCACGCCAUGAAAGGAGCUGGCACAGACGACUCCACCUUGGUGAGAAUCAUUGUCACACGUAGCGAGAUUGACCUCGUGCAGAUCAAGCAGCUCUUCUCCCAGAUGUACCAGAAGACUCUGGGCACCAUGAUCUCCAGCGACACUAGCGGGGACUACCGGCGCUUGCUGCUGGCCAUUGUGGGUCAGUAAGCGGGGGGGACUGGCGGUCUCGCAGAGGGAGCCGGACAAGGCCUGCUGAGGCAACUGAGCGACUCUCCUGCUGAGGAGGCGUCUCCCCUCCCGUCCAGCACAGACAACGGAAACCAGUAUCUGCUUCUGAUGGGUGACUUCAAGGGCCCUUUUUGCACAUAUAAAUUGCCUUAAUUUAGCAUGCGGCAUCCUUUAAUAAUGUAAAACAAGGCACCUGCUUGUCAAGUGUGGGUUUUUGGGUUCUAUGCAGAAAACACAGUAUAAGCCAUACAUAGAAAUAGAUAUAGAAGGAAUCGCCUUCCGUGUAAGAAGUGAAACCCCUGGAAAGUCCACUUUGUCUCCCUGCUUGAAUCCACACCAGCUGUUCUUGGGGUCGGGUCCUGGGCACUGUUCCACUAACACUCCUCCCUCUGGCAUAAAGUGCCACCAUUCAUGGAAGGGGUCUGGCCCACGGAGUGGAGCAGGGAUCAGUGCAGGAUGCAGGAAGCAGUUUCAUCCUGGAGAUCUCUCCCCCCUCCCCUUCCCCCCCCCCCGGGGUGUAGAAAGGGAACCUAAACAGGGCUGUGCUUCGGGGUGGGGGGGGUGGCAUGGGGCUGUUAGUUGGAGUGCUCGAGCAAGAGGCUAAGGGCUGGAUGGGUGGAAACAUAUCCUGCUCACAGUCGCUUUGCUUUCUGACACAGCAUGGAGGGGGAAAGUUUCAGUCGAAAUAGUCCUCCAUAUAAAUAGAAUUGAAUUAAGCUGGCCUUUGGUGAGCAAAGAUCUGGGCCAUUUUUUGUUUUGAUUGUUGUCUGUUCACUGAAACCAGUGACAUCCUGUUGCAGGGACCCAGUGGUCCCCCAGGAAAGUACUUUUGAGGAAGGUGCCUUCUGGAGAGCAGUGGCCCUUCCAGCCAAGCGAUGUCCGUGCCAAGGACUGAGGCUCAGGUGGGUCGCCAUGUUGACCUGAGGGACCCUGGACCCAGGCUUAGGACGCCAAGGAGUGAUCCCUCCACUUCUCAACCUCUGUCUUAGGCAAAAGCUUUUGUGCUGGAGCUGCUGGGGAUGCAACCUGUGGCCGCCUGCUGGUCUCCUCUUAUUGGACUGGGAGAUACAUUGGGCUGCUUUUCCCCUGCAGGGCACAGCAACAGUCAAGGGCGACACAGGGACCCUGUUGGCUUGGCUGGUGCUGUGUAUAAGCAGAAUGUGUGCCUUAUGGGACUGUGGAAUCUCUUGCAAAAUUGGUGUGGAGCAGAGUUCCCUGGGGCUAAAAACUUUAAGGGGCAGGUAAUUAAAUGGACAUUGUGUAGCAGCAUUGGGGAGAUUCUAAACUGCGCUGGAACCCAAAACUUCAUCUAGCAGUCAGAGCUGCAUGUAGGAAGGGCAGUGUUCCUAAACUGACCCUCCAUCCUGCAAACUGUUGUCCUCUGCCUAGAGGAGGAGGAGGAACAUCUGAUCUCAAACCAGUGUCUUGACACUAGAAGGAUUCUUCUCCAAAUGUAGCCAAAAGCUGGGGGGGAGGGAACAAAGGGGCAAUUUUUGAUGAAGUGCAACUAUCCAAUGGAUCUUUCCACAAGUUCCAGAUCCUGUCCUUUUCACAGGACCCUCCCCCUCGUACCAUCUGCUCUGGGAAAGUCCAUCCCUAGCAGCCGUGCCUUUUCCCUCCCUCCAACUUGGUCUAGUGCUGUGUUGGAGGUGAAGGGAUGUGUUCCCAAGCAGAGUCUUCCCUUCCUGCCUUAAUUUCUCUUUGCUGAGGGCAGCCGCUGAAUCCCCUUGAAGCAUGUCAUCUCUCCCUGACCGUGGAGAUGUUUCUUUCUUUGCCGUCCAGUUGAGGAGGUGUUUGGGGGAAUGCCAAAGCUGCUUGUUUACUGGCCUGUGAUCGUGGUAGUCUUAAUAAAAAAAACGUUAUGCUCC